AUAGUUAAAGUUUUUCCGUAAGAGGGAGUAUACGAAGAGUUGUUCGAUUAAAAUUAAAUAACUUUAUUACAAAUAAGAACGAAGAAGAUAGAAAUUAAUAUAUAGUGAUAAAUAAUAUAAUUAAUAUAAAAUAUCAAAAAUGGAAAAUACUAAAUGUACAAGAAUUAUGAAAUUUGAUGAAUCGAAAACAAAAAAACGAAAACGAGGAAUUGUAUAUUUAUCUAGCAUACCUAAAUAUAUGAAUAUUGCAAAAAUUCGUGAAUUAUUUACAAUAUAUGGAGAAGUUGGAAGAAUCUAUUUUCAAUUAGCAGAAAAUGGAUUGGAACAAGAUGGUAAAACAAAAAAACGAAAAAAAAUUCAUACAAAAUUUUUUACUGAAGGAUGGGUUGAAUUUGAAAGUAAAAAAGUAGCAAAAUAUAUUGCAUCUACAUUGAAUAAUACACAAAUCUCGACUAGAAAAAGAAGCAAAUUUUAUGAUGUUAUUUGGAAUAUAAAAUAUCUUCCAAGAUUUAAGUGGAUUCAUUUGAGUGAACGUUUAGCAUAUGAACAAGCAGUACGUAAACAAAGGUUACAAACUGAAAUUGCACAGGCAAAGCGAGAAGUAAACUUUUUCGCACACAAUGUUGAUAAAAGUAGAAAAUUACAUCAAGUGCAGCAAAAUGGAAAUAGUUCUUUUAUACCACCUGUAAUAAAACAGAGAGAUACAGAUGCUGAAAUUAAAAGCAGAAAGGAAAUUGAAUUAAUAACAGAUAGAACAGGUUUCUUAAAAUCUUUAUUUGGAUAAGAUGUUUAAUACUAUAAUAUGUAUUGAAAGAUAUUUUUAAGAAAACAUUCAAAGAAAUUAUAUUAAUAAAAAUUAUGUAUUUAUUGUUUUAUAUAUUUUAUGUAUUCUCAUAUUUAAAUAAUUAUCAUUUGAUUAAUGGAAUAAUCUAAUUGAUUUGUAAUGAAUUUUUUUAUCUUUUAUAUCUUCUGAUAUAAAAUAAAUCAUAUUAUAUUUUACAUAUUUUUUUCUUUUUUUUUAAAUUUCUAUUAAUAAAUAUUAAUUGUUUAUUUUUUUUAUAUUCUAAUAUUUAGUCUUUAGAAUAUAAAAUAUAUCAUUAAAAUAUAAAAAUCAUGUAUUAAAUUUAUUUUCACAUAAAAAUAGUUAAAAUAGUUAAAGAAAAUGAAUAAGUAUAAUAAUAUGCUUGUUAUAUCAAACAAUUUAAAUUAAAUAAUAAUUUUAAAAAACUGUUAUAAAAUAUAUUAAAUUAUUAUUAUUUUAUCAAAUAAAUAAAAAAUUUGUUUUAAUAUA